UUCUGUAUCUGGUGUUAGCAGAUCAUCACCAGUGGUUAAGAAUUCUAAGGUGAUUGAGACAAGCAAAGCUGAUGAAUUUUCUGUGAAGACGUUUCCUCUAGCGCUUCAGAUCCCUACAGCACCUCAUUCUCAGCAUCCCACGUCCAGGUUGGCUCCACCUGUGAGUCCAAAACCCCGGACCAGAUCUGAAGCAAGUGCUGAUUCAUUAGGAAAAAACUCUCUUCUUUUGUUGUCACCUGCGUCACCUUCAAGAAAAUACUUCAAGAAGAUUUCAUCACCCAUUUUACCAGAAGGAAAUAGAAG